AUGGACGACGAUCUUCCGGAUGUUGUUCGUGACUACAAACUGAAGACGUGGUACGACGGAGCCGUCACUAUCCACGAACACAAUGAUCCUAACGCACCUCCCUUAUCCCCACCGCGGCAGGAGCGUUGGAAGAAAGUUCGUACCAUUGGGCAUGGAGGCCAAGGGGAGAUUGUGCUGGAAGCAUGUAUCGAUGGUAGCCGAAGCUUUACUGAGCGAGCUGUAAAGAAGAUCCGGUUCCACAACAAUGAUAGUAAACGACGUUACCAGCGAGAACUCGCAACAAUGGUCAAGUUUUCUCAUGACAAGGUAGCUGACUGUUAUUUGCCUGACCAGUACUCGAAGUACUUUGUCAAGUCCCUAGGGUGGUUUGCGUCGUCAAGCAAACUAUACAUAGCGAUGGAGUACUUCCCUGCAGGGGACCUAUACAACUACGUUCAAAAGUAUCAACACCUUCCCGAGGACGAUGGCCGUCAGAUUGCAAGCCAGCUUCUAUCAGGCCUCUCUCUUAUGCAUUCGGAAGGGUUCUCGCAUCGUGAUAUCAAGCCCCAAAAUGUUCUGAUCCACCAGCAUCCAAGGGGUAUACCCUCAGGUGCUUGGUGGGUGAAGCUCGCCGAUUUCGGCAUUAGUAAGAGAUGGGACACGGAUACAGAUCUCACUAUCAUAUCCAUCGGUACAGCAGCAUACAUGGCCCCUGAGCUAUGUCGAUCCGAUCAUGCUAGCUGUUCAACAAAUGACUAUCGGGCGGCAGAUAUUUGGGCACUUGGUAUAACCAUCUUCUUCCUCUUGACAAACACUGUUCCGUUUCAAGAUAAGAUGUCUACCAUGACCUACGCGAAGAACCAAGGUGAACCAUUUCCUCACGCGCCUUUGGAUGGUUGUCAAGUAAGCCCAGAUGGCCAAGGAUUUAUCCGUCAGGCGAUAACGCCUCGGCCCGAAGGCAGAUUGGAACUUAAUGAAGCCAUGAGUCAUGUUUGGAUUGAAAGCCUACUACCAAGCAUCCAAGCUCCGGGUGUUGACAGCCGACCUUCAACCAUAUCCUCUAGGAGAAGCUCCUUCAAUGAUGGAAAGGGGCUCACGACUGAGCUAUCUACCCUGGCUACUCGAUCGACUUCCGAAGACUUUCGUAUUGCCAGGCAGUCAGAGCACCAGAUAUCCCAGCCUGGCAAUAAUGAUACAAUAACAAUUAUGUCCGAAACGAAGGAUGGUCAUCUAGAGCCUGACGACUGGUCACAUAAGACUGAACCCUCUGUCUCGGAUCAGGCAGACGAUGCCUCGAAUCAAUUCGCAGCUUCCGCCCAUGACAGUGGCGCCAAAGCGUUCGGCACAGUUUACUACGGACAUGGCAGCAACUCGAUGUUAUUGCCCUUCCCAAACGGCCAUGUAGCAGAACUAACUAAAUUGCUCAACAAAGGUCCAGAACAAUUCGUCAUAGAUGGCAAAGCCCAUACGCCGAUGAUGUGGGCUGCCAUCAAGGGCGACGUCGCAUUAACAAAGAUGUUGAUUGUAGCAGGCGCAGAUCUUCAUGAGUUGGAUGAUCAGCAUACGACGCCGCUGUAUCACGCGGUACGGAACCGCCAUCGUCGUGUUGCUCGGCUUCUCCUCGACAAUGGUGCUAAGGUGGGCCGAGGCAUCCCGGGAUAUUCUACUCCCCUUAGGUGUGCUGCAUGGUUAGGCGACUUUGACAUGGUAAGGCUACUGCUGAGAAGAGGUGCCAAGGUCGAGGCAAAAGAUGGAACUGGUGCUACGCCACUUAUACUUGCUGUUAAAUAUGGCCAUGAAGCCGUAGUGAGUCUUCUGCUGGACCAAGGGGCCAACAUCGAGGCAAAGGAUAACGCUGGUAACACACCGCUUAUUAUUGCAGUCGACUUUUGUCUCGACAAGAUGGUAAAAAUACUGCUAGAUAAUAGUGCUAAUAUUGAGGCCGAAGAUAUUCACGGGACAACAGCACUAAUGCUGGCUACAACGAGGGGAUUGGAAGACAUUAGGGAAAUACUACUACAGAGAGGGGCUAAGAAGAGCACAGAAUACUAUGCCAGUCGCCUUUUCAAUUAUAUGCGGGGCUAA